CCGCAGUAUUUAUAUUCGUUUGUCAUAUAACUCUUGGCACUUAAUAAUGUUUAAAUGUAUAACUUUAUUAGUACUAUUAAUAGUAUGCGAUAUUUGUUUAGCAAAAAUAAGUAUAAAUUUCAAAAAUAAUGCUUGUAACUCAUAUUUAGCAUAUUUCACAAAAGUCGUUAACAAGAACUGCUAUUACGAUGAUCAGUUAUUUUUGGAGACGCCUCAAAUACUAGACCUCCGUCAACUUCCAUAUGAAAAUCAUACGGUGACUACAGAAGAUGGAUACAUUCUUACACUAUUUAGAGCAACGCAAAAGAACCCAAAAGGUAUUAUAGUUAUGUUCCAUCCAAUUAUACAGGAUAGCACUACUUGGUUUCUCGGAGGCAGCACGUCAUAUGGUCUGACCUUUAUUAACCAGGGCUAUGAAGUCUGGUUUCUUAAUUUUCGUGGAGUGACAUAUUCCGAUAGACACGUAAAAAAUCUUACUGGGAAGGAGUACUGGAAUUGGAGUUUUCAUGAACUGGGCUACUACGAUAUAUCAGCCGUAUUUCGUCACGUCUACAGUGUAACCAACCAAAAAGCAAUUUCGUUUAGUAUGUCGAUUGGAUCUGCUGCUGCAGCCGUUUAUGCCAGUGAAAGACCAGAUGAGGCUAAAAAAUAUGUCAACUUAUUUAUACAGUUGGCAACGCCCGCUUUUUUAUCAGAUGAUACUACAGUAAUAAGACUGAUAAUACCGUUUAUACCAAUUAUUAAGGUUUUUCUGAAAAUCUUUAAUAUUUACUCGCUGCCUAAUAGGACAUUUCUUAUAAAGUUUAUUAUUAAUUUAGUUAUUUUCUUUAAUGGAGAAUGGCUGAGCACACUUGUUUUACCAUUUCUCUUUGGAGGUGGACCCUUUGAAAUGGAUCCAAGUCGUUUACCAGCGGGCCUUGCUGAGUACUUCCAGCCAAGCAGCGUAAAAACACUUCUUCACUUUUCCCAACUGAUUACAAAUGGAAACCAAUUUGUUCAAUAUGAUUAUGGUAAAUCAAAAAAUCUAGACAUAUACAGUUCUGAAAAACCUCCACGAUAUCCACUUGAAAGCAUAAACGUACCUGUUUAUUUAAUGUAUUGUGAUCAAGAUAACUUGGCAAAUCCAAAGGGUGUUGAAAUAUUCUACCAACAACUUUCUGACUCUGUUAAACCAUAUGGUUUGGUUAAGUUUUCUGGCUGCGGUCACGCUGAUUUUAUUAUUGGAAAGACUAUUCCCCUUCUUGUUCAAAAUAGUACUCUGGCACUCCUGGAUAAAAUAAAUCAGGAAAAUAAUGAAUAAUAAUUUGAAAGCUUUGCUAUUUAGACCACAAUACAUACUUUAUUUUUGUCAAUUAGUGGCUAUAGAUGCCAUUAUGAAAUACUGUAAAAAAUAUUAGCACCAUUAGAAAAUGGCUUCACUUAAUAAACCUUGAAUAUUG